GAUCGCUCGAACUCAAUGAAGCAAAUCAAUUACUGUAUCGGACUCAUUCUCGUCAUAGCGAUCUUUGCGCGUGGUAGUAAUCAAGCUAUGCAAUCGCUUGUUCGCGAAUUGCCAGAAAAUGAUGUGAGUGAAUUGGCUAAACGAUGGGGUUACUACGGAUCGGCAACGGAUCAACCGAAUGUGGCCAAACCGUGGGGUGGUUAUGGUCCCUACUGGAAAUGGGACUUCAGAGGAUGA